UGCCCACACCACACUCGCCUGGAAUUCUGUUCCGCAUCCAUAUCGGAAAACCAUAAGAAACCGCAACCCCAUAAGACUUCUUGUGCCAAAAGGUGUCGAGCAUUCUAAGCUCUCUGUUGUUUAACUCUCACCGUAUUUUCCCACCUCAUUCAAAGACUCCUCCACAGUGAUCUCUCUCACGCCCUUUUCCUUUCGAAACCUGAAUCUGUUCUUACCCAAAACCCUAAAUAGGGUUUUACAACAUCUGAAUUUUCUUAUGUUCCAUUAAAAUCAACUUCUUAUUUAUCUUCAGAGAAACCUAAUUAGGGUUUGUAACGCAUAAAUCAAUAAUGGAUGAUACCGAAGGAGGUUUAAGUUUUGAUUUUGAAGGAGGUUUAGAGACAACCGCUACUGCAAAUCCAUCAGCUUCUAUAAAUUUGAAUACGCAUGAUUCUAUUAAUGUUUCUGGUCUUAAUCAAACAACUGGUCCUUCUGCAAAUACUGCAGCUGAAUCUCUUGGUGCUGGUGGUGGUGUUCAUAAUGGGAGAAGAAGUUUUAGACAGACUGUUUGUAGACAUUGGCUUAGAAGUUUGUGUAUGAAAGGUGAUGCUUGUGGGUUUUUACAUCAGUAUGAUAAAUCUAGAAUGCCGGUUUGUCGAUUCUUUCGCUUGUAUGGUGAAUGUCGAGAACAGGAUUGUGUUUAUAAACACACUAAUGAGGAUAUUAAAGAAUGCAAUAUGUACAAGUUAGGUUUUUGUCCGAAUGGACCUGACUGUCGAUAUAGACAUGCAAAACUGCCUGGACCUCCACCUCCUGUUGAAGAAGUAUUUCAGAAGAUUCAACAUUUGAGUAACUUUAACUAUAAUUCUUCAAACAGGUUUUUUCAAAAUAGGAAUUCAAAUUAUAACCAACAAACAGAGAGGCCACCAUUUCCACCAGGUUCAAACCCUGCUAAUCCAGCUCUAGUAGCAAAGCAACCUACAACUGCCGAUUCCCCCAAUAUACAACAACAUUCGCAAGCUCCACAACCUCAGCAACAACAGGUUAACCAGGCUCAGCCACAAACCAUACAGGAUGGUUUGUCAAAUCAAGACAGCAAAUCGGUACCGCUCCCCCAAGGAUUAACUCGGUACUUUAUUGUAAAAAGUUGCAAUCGUGAGAACUUGGAGUUAUCCGUACAACAAGGAGUCUGGGCAACUCAAAGAAGUAACGAGGCUAAACUUAAUGAAGCUUUUGACUCUGCUGAGAACGUGGUUUUGAUCUUUUCAGUGAAUCGAACCCGACACUUCCAGGGAUGCGCAAAAAUGAUGUCUAAAAUUGGUGGAUAUGUUGGGGGAGGAAACUGGAAAUAUGCGCAUGGAACUGCACAUUAUGGACGCAAUUUCUCUGUUAAAUGGUUAAAGCUAUGUGAGUUGUCCUUCCAUAAAACUCGUCAUUUGAGGAAUCCGUACAAUGAGAACUUGCCAGUGAAGAUUAGUCGAGACUGCCAAGAGCUAGAGUCUUCUGUCGGUGAGCAGCUAGCAUCCUUGCUUUAUCUUGAACCAGAUAGUGAAUUAAUGGCAAUAUCUGUUGCUGCAGAAAUAAAACGAGAGGAGGAGAAAGCAAAGGGAGUCAACCCAGAUGAAGGGGCAGAGAACCCUGACAUUGUUCCUUUCGAGGAUAAUGAAGAAGAAGAAGAGGAAGAAAGUGAGGAAGAAGAUGAGGGCUACAACCAGGCUCUUGCAGCAGGUAUAGGUAGAGGAAGGGGAAGAGGGAUGAUGUGGCCCCCACAAAUGCUAGGUCGUGGAGCAAGACCGUUACCAGGGGUUCGCGGCUUCCCUCCUGUCAUGAUGGGUCCUGAUGGUUUUCCUUAUGGGGGCGUCACACCUGAUGGUUUCCCAGUACCAGACAUGUUCAGGGUAGCUCCUCGUAUGUUUCCUCCAUUUGGUCCUAGGUUUCCCGGUGACUUUUCUGGCAUGGGUCCAAAUCCAGGAAUGGGCUUCAAUCCUAUGGAUGGGAACGGACCCGCAGCAGGCAUGGGUUUUCAUGGUAGGCCUCAACAACCUGGGAAUGCAUUUCCUGGGAUGAUGAUGGGCCCUGGGAGGGGUCCCUUCAUGGGAGGAAUGGGUGUGCCUCCAGGCGCACAGGUUCGAGGUAAUCGGCCGAUGGGUAUGCAGCAGUUCCGCCAACCACCUCCUCAAUCUGCACAGAACCCCAAUUGGGUAGUGAAGAGAGAUCAAAGGCGACCAGGAAGUGAUAGAUAUAGUGCAGGUUCAGAUCAAAGUAAGGGACAGGAAAUGGCUGGCAGUGGACCAGAUGAGGAGGCUAAGUAUCAGCAAGGCAGACCCCAAAGUGAAGACUCAUAUGGUGGUGUUGGAGGUGGAAGCAGCUUUAGAAAUGAUGACAGUGAAAGUGAGGACGAGGCACCGAGACGAUCAAGGCAUGGAGAGGGGAAGAAACGGUGAGCCAUCGUCCCUCACCGACAGCGGAGAAACCCAGCUAUUUCUUCCCAUUUUGUUUACUCUGUACUUUGUCUUUCUUUUUAGUUUCUGAUUUCUUAGUUUGUGUGAGAUUUCUUGUUUAGUUAAUCCCACAUCUUUGAAGCUCACUGCUAUGUAAUUGUGACUAAUACAUGAAGAACAUGUCUAAGCCAAAAGUAUUUUGGUGGUGUAUCCCCACCAUUUUUGAUUUACUAGGUUUUUUAAGCAGGCAGGGAAACAAGUACAAUCCUUGUGAAAUAGAGAAAUGUGUAAAACCAACUGGAUGAGUGAAUUCAUCCAUAUGUUAGUGUAUGUAUACUAUGAACUGUGAAUUUCUUACCCUCCCAAUGAAGAAAAUGGUCACUUUAAAUGAA